AUGUUUUACGCUUGUUUAUUUUUGUUUUGCUUCUCUCUCUCUCUCUCUCUCUCUCUCUCUCUCUCUCUCUCUCUCUCUCUCUGUCUGACACCAAUUGGAACAACAGUGUUUAAGCAAAUUUCAGCAACAGACAAAGAUACAAAUGAAAACAGCGACAUUGAUUACGCCAUUGUAUCCGGACCAAAGUUAAAUAAUGAUGACAUUUUCAUUAUUAACCAACCUUACUUCGGAUAUAUCAUUGUAAACCAAACGCUGGAUUUUGAGUCCAUGUAUGCAAAAAAUGACCUCACUUACACACUUAACAUAUCAGCAACGGAUAAAGGAACUACUCGGAAUGUUAAUUAUGUACCGUUAUAUAUCAAAGUUACCGAUGGAGACGAUCAGGAUCCGGCUUUUAUCUACCCAACUUGCUAUAGAGUAAACAACCACUGCAUAUUACCACAGUACGACAUGAAAAUUCAAAGUGGUGUUGUGAACUCAAACCUUCUUCUUUACCCAAGACCACCCAACACUCCUUUAACUCCGGUGAAAUUAAUAGCAAAAGACAAAGAUACAUUAAACUCGCAAUUAGUGAUGUACCUGGAGAAAACUUUACCAUCGGGCUAUACAAAUAACUUUAAAUUGGUAAAAGAAAGCUCUAACCAAUGGAAUUUGCAACAAGUCACAUCGAUUCCAACAGCAAUGAAAUUACAACUGUUUGUUCGGGUAUGUUUUCAUUCCUCCCUGCCUCCCUCCCCUUCUCUCUCUCUCUCUCUCUCUCUCUCUCUCUCUCUCUCUCUCUCUCUCUCUCUCUCUCUCUCUCUCUCUCUCUCUCUCUCUCUCUCUCACUUUAUUCUUCUUUUAUAUAUCUGUCUCAUUCCUAUUUUAUCUAUCUCGUUCUUUUUCAAACGAGCACUUCACUUCUUUCUUUUUCAUUCUUACUUUCCUCACUUCAUUCCUUUUUCAUUCUUACUUUCUUCACCUCAUUCCUUUUUCAUUCUAAGUACCCGUCCCUAUGUUUUUUAUUUUACUUUCCCUGCCCCUUGGUUUUUCAUUCUAACAUACUCGUCUCAUUCUUAUUUUCUUUCUAUCAUUCCUUACUUCCUUCGUCUCAUUUCUCUUCAUUCUAACUUCAUCGUUUCAUUCUUACUUUCUUCGUCUCAUUCUUUUUCAUUUUUACUUUCCCCGACUCAUUCUUUUUCUUUCCUACUUUUCUCGUCUACUUCUUUUUCAUUCUAA